AGCUGCAGCUCCCGUGCUACCCCUAGCCUGGGAACUUCCAUGUGCCGUGGGUGUGGCCGUAACAGAGGGGAAAAAAAAGUCAAUGCUCCAUCAGUGGUGUCUUUUAUGAAAAUAGUGAAAUCCUUUUAUCUUAUGUUCCAGGUAUCUCCUUGACCGAGUACCCAGGGUGCAUCUGGAAUGGCUGUGAACGUGUGUGUCAAACACCACGUCUUGUGCCAUAAAGAUGAAAUCCUGUGCAGAAGCUUCCCCCAUGCAUCGUCUUAGCGUGGAAUAGAUCCUUCUUAGCAUCUGCAUCUGAUAUCGCUCCUCAGAGAAACAUGUGCUGAGAUGGAAAAGAAAUCAAGGAGAUUUCCAUGGAGGCAUUUUUAAAGGCAUCAUCUUAGAAGGACAGUAUAAUGGCUGACCGCUCUGCCUGGGACUUCUCCUAAGGAAGCAUCACCCUCAGGAGGUGCUGGCUAAUCACCGUGUCCUCAGAAUCGCCCGCGUGCUGGAAUUCAGGCCCCGGAUUGUAGGACAGCCGCCGCCGUUGGGCUCUGUCUAUGACCCCUCUGAGAGGCUUGCUGGCGAGCCCACGGCCUCUCUUGGGUCCAGCUGCCCGGAUCACGCCCCCUCUCCGCCGGCCAGCUUCCCCACUCAGUGUGCUUAGCGUCCCUGCGGAUGCCGCGCUGAACAAUGUCAAGACCCCAGGGACUGGUAUGGCUUCCGCUGGUCUUCACUCCCGUCUGUGUCAUGCUCCACGCCAAGGUCCUGCUGUGCAUCACCGCCCUGGCCAUCAAGUUCACGCUCAUAGACAGCCAGGCCCAGUACCCCGUGGUCAACACCAACUAUGGCAAAAUCCGGGGCUUGAGAACACCCUUGCCCAAUGAGAUUUUGGGGCCCGUCGAGCAGUACCUGGGUGUCCCUUAUGCCUCGCCUCCGACCGGAGAGAGGCGCUUCCAGCCCCCGGAGCCCCCGUCCUCGUGGACGGGGAUUCGGAACGCCACCCAGUUUGCGGCCGUGUGCCCGCAGCACCUGGACGAACGGUCUCUCCUGCACGACAUGCUGCCCAUCUGGUUCACCGCCAACUUGGACACGCUAAUGACCUACGUCCAAGAUCAGAACGAAGAUUGCCUUUACUUAAACAUCUACGUGCCCACGGAGGACGGAGCCAACACAAAGAAAAAUGCUGAUGAUAUAAGCAGUAACGACCGUGGUGAAGAUGAAGACAUCCACGAUCAGAACAGUAAGAAGCCAGUGAUGGUGUACAUUCACGGCGGCUCCUACAUGGAAGGAACAGGGAACAUGAUUGACGGGAGCAUCCUGGCCAGCUACGGCAACGUCAUCGUCAUCACCAUCAACUACCGCCUGGGGAUUCUCGGGUUUUUAAGUACCGGCGACCAGGCGGCCAAAGGCAACUACGGACUCCUGGAUCAGAUUCAGGCCUUACGAUGGAUUGAGGAGAACGUCGGGGCCUUUGGUGGGGACCCCAAGAGAGUGACCAUCUUUGGCUCCGGUGCAGGUGCCUCUUGUGUCAGCCUGUUGACCUUGUCUCACUACUCAGAAGGUCUGUUCCAGAAAGCCAUCAUCCAGAGCGGGACUGCGCUGUCCAGCUGGGCCGUGAACUACCAGCCUGCCAAGUACACUCGGAUAUUGGCGGACAGAGUCGGCUGCAACAUGCUGGAUACCACGGACAUGGUGGAUUGCCUACGGAACAAGAACUACAAAGAGCUCAUUCAGCAAACCAUCACCCCGGCCACGUACCACAUUUCCUUCGGGCCCGUCAUCGACGGGGACGUGAUCCCGGACGACCCCCAGAUCCUCAUGGAGCAGGGCGAGUUCCUGAACUACGAUAUCAUGCUGGGCGUCAACCAGGGGGAGGGGCUCAAGUUCGUGGACGGCAUUGUGGACAACGAGGACGGCGUGACGCCCAACGACUUCGACUUCUCCGUGUCCAACUUUGUGGACAACCUCUACGGCUACCCGGAAGGCAAGGACACCCUGCGGGAAACCAUCAAGUUUAUGUACACGGACUGGGCCGACAAGGAAAACCCCGAGACGCGGCGAAAAACCUUGGUGGCCCUCUUCACGGACCACCAGUGGGUGGCGCCCGCCGUGGCCACCGCGGACCUGCACGCCCAGUAUGGCUCGCCCACCUACUUCUACGCCUUCUACCACCACUGCCAAAGCGAGAUGAAGCCCAGCUGGGCCGACUCGGCCCACGGCGACGAGGUCCCCUACGUCUUCGGGAUUCCCAUGAUCGGUCCCACCGAGCUCUUCAGCUGCAACUUCUCCAAGAAUGAUGUCAUGCUCAGCGCAGUGGUCAUGACCUACUGGACAAACUUCGCCAAAACCGGCGACCCCAACCAGCCUGUUCCUCAGGACACCAAGUUCAUUCACACCAAACCCAACCGCUUUGAGGAAGUGGCCUGGUCCAAGUAUAACCCCAAAGACCAGCUCUACCUACACAUCGGCCUGAAGCCCAGAGUGCGGGACCACUACCGGGCCACCAAAGUGGCCUUCUGGCUGGAACUGGUACCCCACCUGCACAACCUGAACGAGAUCUUCCAGUACGUCUCCACCACCACCAAGGUCCCACCUCCCGACAUGACCUCCUUCCCUUACGGAACUCGGCGGUCCCCUGCCAAGAUCUGGCCCACCACCAAGCGCCCGGCCAUCACGCCCGCCAACAACCCCAAACACUCCAAGGACCCUCACAAGACGGGGCCCGAGGACACCACCGUCCUCAUCGAGACCAAACGGGAUUACUCCACGGAGCUGAGCGUCACCAUCGCCGUGGGGGCCUCCCUGCUCUUCCUCAACAUCUUGGCCUUCGCCGCGCUGUACUACAAGAAGGACAAGCGGCGCCACGAGACGCACCGGCGCCCCAGCCCCCAGAGGAACACCACCAACGACAUCGCGCACAUGCAGAACGAGGAGAUCAUGUCCCUGCAGAUGAAACAGCUGGAGCACGACCACGAGUGCGAGUCCCUGCAGGCUCAUGACACGCUGAGGCUGACCUGUCCCCCGGACUACACCCUCACGCUGCGCCGGUCCCCGGAUGAUAUCCCGCUCAUGACGCCAAACACCAUCACCAUGAUUCCCAGCACCCUCACGGGGAUGCAGCCGCUGCACACCUUCAACACGUUCAGCGGGGGCCAGAACAGUAGCAAUCUACCCCACGGACACUCGACCACGCGAGUAUAGUUCUGCCGUCUUUCUGUCCCCUCCCUUGGCGCCUCCCCUCCGCCACACGCAAGAGAGAAAGGAAGACAAAAGCGACAUCUCCCCACAAGGAAUGCGUUUCUUCCCACCGGCCUCGGACGGACACGCCGAAGGGCGGCCCCCGUGUCCCGGCAGACUUUUCCCACGACCAUGUCCCAGUGCGGCAAGAUCAACUUCCGACCCUGCGAAAUGUGAAAUGUAUCCAUGUGCUGUUACAAUACUGCUUUUCAGAGCUCCAUCCCCACCGCAAACGUGAGCGAGGCUGGAAUGUGACCGUUUCAAGGACCUGGGUGUCUCCAUGGGGGACCGUGGAAGCGGACACUUCUGGAACUCAGCCAGGGACCCAAUUUCUUUUUCUUUCUUUCUUUCUUUCUUUUAUUUUUUUUUAAAUUACAAUUGAAAAAGAAAUAAACGUUCUUUAUGUGCCAUAGGACGGAUGACUCUGCUUAAGGGAGGGAAGAGUCUGUGGGCGUUGACCCAGCAUAUGGAGCUGGAAUCCAGAGAGAAGGAAAAGUAGAAUUUUAUUAUUAAAAUAAAAGAACUGACUAUGCAGUUACGUACGUAGAGUUCUGUGCAAAGAGAUGUUUUGCCAGCCUGAACUGUAUUUAAGGAACUUUGUAAAAAUUAAAAAAAAAAAUGUAUAUAGCUGUGCGUUUAAACACACACACACACACAGAGAAAACAAACAAAACAAAACAAAACAAAAAAAGCUUUUAUUGGUGUUUUCAGUUUGAAAGAGCUUUUAGCAAGAUUGUGCUUUUCCAUUGUGUUCUGUAUGUAUAUAAAUUGAUAUACUCAUUACUCCUAUCACCUCUGUUUCCUCCAGGACCAAGGAGGAUGUUCUUAAUUCCUUGUGGCCAACAGACAUGGGGUUUUCUAAUGCGUUUCAUUUGUAGGAAAAUGCGGUUGUCACCCAGUGGACCCAGACUGUCUGUGCAACUGGUGGCUCUCCCUCCUUUUGUGGGCUGGACAAGUGCAUGCAACAGCAUUCUUAGGACACUCUUGUCUUCAGGAACACUUUGCAUUUUUUUGGUGUGUUAAGGCUUCAUGGAGUUGCAACCCCAGGAUGGACCCCCCCGCAUGGAGUCUGUGGAAAGUUUGUUGAAUUAGAAACACACGCAGGCAGAGUGACGGCAGGGGGACAACCACAACAUCCAAGCCCCUCAUUCUGUAGUUCUGGCUCUUUGAAUUGGGAAGAGUGGCUUCCCGACCCAGGGCUCUGCCAAAAAAAAAAAAAAAAAGGGAAAGAAAGCUGGUGUUUGGUGGGGCCGAGCUCUGCUGAGUCAAUACAACGCUGUAUUCCCCAGCAGCUGCACAAGGGUUUGGCUGAUGCCAUACCUGCUCAUCAGGUUUAGUUCAUCAGAUUGAAAGAGGUCAUGUGUCUUUCCCUUUCUGUGGAUGCAGUAAGUCCCUUCUUUGUCCAUCAGCAGGGUUUUUAUUUUUGUUUUUACUCUUUAUACCAUCUGUGGGAUAAAACAGAUGCCUGUCUGAAAAUUAUCUUUUGUGGAUGUGUACAUCGGCCACGGGUCAAUGAGUCUUACGGAAAGAAAAAGCAAACAAAAGGACAGAACAAAGUGUUCUCACAUGGGUUUUCAGGGACGUUAGGUAGCCUCGCCGUCAAGAUCAAUGGAAAAUAGUCGCCCAUGAUAAAUUGGUGAGCUGGGGACAUGAGCCUUGUCCCUCUGAUGCUUUGUCAUGGUUGCAUCAUCCUUUUCAUUUACCUUUAGGGAUAUUUUGAAGGAGUCAUAAAGUGGAAGGGCAAAAAAAAAAAAAAAAAAAAAAAAAAAG